AUGGCGUAUACAAAUCAACAGCUACAGAGGGCUUUGUACCUACUCCGCCUGGAAAACGAAGACUAUAGUCCUGGCCCAAUAUUCUUCGAAACUGCCCGAUACGGACUCAGACGGCGAGAGACACGACUUAUACUAAGCGGAGAAGAUGUUGAUGAUGACGAUGAGAGUGGCGAUUUCGUAGAGGUUGAGGUUAAGACACCCAAAAGAAUCAGAAUACCGGAGCCACUUGAAACGCCACCAAAAAGACGGAAGGUCGAGGUAUUGGAUAUGAGCAGAAUUUUCAAACAAAUUUUGGAAAAUAGUUGGAAAGUCCAGUCACGGAUGAAAGACGGCUUUUAUUGGGUCGCUAAAAGUGUUGUUGGAGAAGCGGCUGAAGAUACCAAUCGAUUCCAAGUUGGAAAACAAUCCAAUAUUUCAUUUGAGCCAGACAUCGAUAUAACAAAUGCCAGUGGCCCUGGCACCGCACAUGAUCGACAACCCAACAAAAUGUGCCUUUCAUCAUAUACCCCCGGGGCUGGAGUUGACUUGGAAAAGGCCAUUAAGCCGGGUCUUCCCAGUAGUCCAACACUACUGCAGCCGAACAAUAAAACGCUCGCUUACAGUAGUGUCAUUCCAAACGUAUUAGGUGUCAUUAAGAAAGACAAAAGGAGCACUGCUCAAAGGCAGGUCGUUAUAUCAACUUCAUUUGCACAUCCAAUAAAUUUCACACAUUCGCCACCCGCCAAUGGAUCAGAUCCAUGCCAUUGGUGUUAUGAUUUCACGUACGGCAUCUUGGGUCUUGGUCAGAUCCAAAUCCAGGUUAUGGAACGGCCAGAUGGUCGAGGGUACACAGAAAUGAGAGACGGGCAUUCGAUGAAUGGCAAGGAGCCCAGUAGAAUGUGUAAAAAAUGCACCAAAGAGCGGGUGAGAGCGAUGCAAUGUGCAUCACACAACAUGCAGCCGAUUAUAGGCAUUGAUAAAACGAGCUUCGCCUUUAGUGAGGCGUUUAAAACGCUGCUCCCUGAUGCCAAGGAGGGUCGAUGUAUUAAAAGAAAUCUCUGGUGUGCUAUAUGCAUCAGUCCUGCGUUUUACCGGUGCGUUCAGCCUCUGGCGGGCACAGAACUGGAAGCCAUUGCAGGCUUAGGAAGCUGUGGGCUAGUUCUAUGCGGGAAUUGUGUUAGUAUGCUCGGCGCAAGCGACGGCAGUGUUUGCAGACUGGUCGAAAGGCUGUGGAAAAUGGGCACGAAGAACCUGAGAGCUGAUGCUGAGUUUUUUCGAGUACAGGGCGAGCUUUGUCGAAGAUUUAGAAUAGGCGAGCGCAUGACGACGAGGUGA